AUGUUCAAUGCCAUGAAUUUAAUCUAUUAUAAAGAUAAAAUAUGCAAAAUAUGGAUCGGAUUAAAACCUAUUGUCAUACUGUUCACUCCCGAUGAAGUUGAGGUUAUCUUAAGUAGUAAUACGUUAACAGAUAAAUCAAGUGAAUAUAGAUUUUUGACACCCUGGUUAGGCGGAGGACUAGUGACCAGUUCUAAGAUCAAAUGGAAAACCCGGCGUAAGAUACUGACGCCCGCCUUUCACUUCCGAAUUUUGGACGAUUUUGCACCAGUUAUUAAUGAACAGUCGACUGUCCUCAUCAACAAAUUGCGGACAAUGAUAGAUAAUAGCAAAUGCGAUGAUCAACCCAUAGAUAUUGUGCCGAUAAUAACGUUAUGUACUUUGGAUGUGAUCUGUGAGACAGCGAUGGGAAUCAAAGUCGGAUGUCAGGCAAACUCUAACCUCGAAUACGUUCAGGCAUUGCAUGACAUAAGUGGCAUAUUUUUGAUACGUCUGAUGCGGCCCUGGCUAUGGCCUAACUGGGCAUUCAAUUGCAGCUCACAUGGCAAACAGUUUAACAGUUCAUUAAAAAAAAUGAAAGCGUUUACAAUGAAAGUGAUUUGUGAGAGAAAACAGGAAUGGAUUGAACACAUCCACAGAAACGACAACAAUGAGGACAUACAGUCUAAGUCAUUGGAUGCCAUCAAAGAGUCUAAUUUUUUUAAUGGUAAGAAAAGAUUGGCUUUUCUUGAUCUUCUACUUCAUCAGCAUUUAGUGGCAAACAAUUUGACUUUAGAGGACUUGCGUGAAGAAGUCGACACAUUUAUGUUUGCGGGUCACGACACCACUGCGCAGGCCAUCAGUUGGACUCUAUAUAUGUUAGGUCUUCAUCAGGAUAUACAGUCUAAAGUACGAGAAGAAGUGGAUUCAGUAAUGGACUCUCAUUUAGAUGACAAUGACUUUAGUAUUGAAGAUCUUAAGCAAUUGAAAUACUUAGAGUGUGUCCUCAAAGAAGUACAGAGAUUAUAUCCAACGGCGCCAUUCAUUGGUCGCCAACUCAGUGAAGACACUAUUAUAAAUGGCUAUUUGAUACCAAAAGGAACUUCAUGUGGAAUCUUUACUUAUAUCUUACACAGGGAUCCGAUUCAGUUCCCAAACCCGGAACAGUUUAUACCGGAGCGCUUUCUACCAGAAAACUGUGUGGGACGUCAUCCCUAUUGUUAUAUUCCCUUUAGUGCCGGUCCUCGCAAUUGUAUCGGACAAAAGUUUGCAUUUUUAGAGCAAAAAAUUGUUGUCUCAAAAAUUGUACGCAAUUUUCACAUUCAAACUAUCGAUCAAAGAGACAAACUUUUUAUUGUUGGCGAAAUGGUUUUGCGAACCAGAAAUGGUCUCAAAUUAAUCAUAAAACAAAGAAACAGAGAUAUUGUUAGAAAAACAUUCACCAAUAGUACUGAUUAUCUCUCAUCAAAGUCUCUCUAA